AUCUGCAGUUUAAUGUGGCUUUUUCUUUUCCUGUUUUUCGAAAGACUUAUCGCGAGUGGAGAAUCAGGAAAUGACUAUUCGAAAGGAUGCGCUCAUCUACAUUGUGAGAAUGGUAGUCAUUGCGUAAAACGAAGAUUUUGGUGCAAGGAUCCUCCUUGCCCUGGCAUGUUGUAUUGUUCUAAAUCAAGAAGAGAAUCUUUAAAGGGACCUCCAACGUGCGACACUGUUCGUUGCAACAGAGGACACAUGUGCAUCAUUAAAGUUCGAGGAUGUCAUUGGGGUGGAAAGUGUAAGCAACAAGUAGCGCGCUGCGUAUUGGAAAAAGAAUAUUACGAGGGUGCAGCUUCCUGCGCCGGUUUCGAAUGUCCGUCAGGAAAACGUUGCAUCUUGCGAGAAAUCUUCUGCGUUAGUCCACCGUGCAAACUGAUCAAAAGUUGUGAAAAUGAAGAAGAUGUGCAAACUUGGUUCGACCAAUGCAAAAGUUUGAAUUGCGCUUCGGAAUAUGAGUGUUUUUUACGAAGGCCAGAAAACAAUUGUCGCAAUCCGUCGUGCACACAUACGCCUGAUUGUGUGCUCACCAUCGAAGAUGAGCUAAUCAGUAAAUAUUGCUACGGUUGGAUCUGCCCACGAGCGCAAAAAUGUGUAGUGCGAAUUAUAGAUUCGUGUAAGGGUUUCAAUUGUACCAUCGAGCGAUCGUGUCAUGCAUCUUCAGUCUCGUCCACUAAACGCAACAUGAAUAACAAGGUCUCUAAGCAAUCCUCAAAUAGAAGAACCUUGGUGCAACCCGAGAGGGAAUUGAUUCGCCAGGCGCUAGAUAGAAGAACGAAUUACUCGACUACAAGCAAAAAGCCGACUUUACCAGUGACUUCAACGAGGAGACAAAGUAUUCACUAUACAACUUCUGUAAAGCAAGGGACAGAAGUUUCGUUGAUUCAUCAACAAAUCGCAACAACGAAACCAAAUUUAAUCACAGAAUCAUCAAUGAAUGAACUAUUUUUGACGUUGCCUUAUCCUCGAGUUCGAUUGAAUCACAAUAAACCCUUUCCAAUCAACGAUGACAAAAUUUUCCAAAGUUCAGAGACUUCUCCGGCAACUGUAUCCGCUGAUGGGAAGACCGAGUCAACUAUGUUGCGUGAUACAGAUAAAUUCGAAACCCCAAGAAAGAUCUACAUAACAACCAACGACGAGUUCCCCCUUCCCAUGAUGUUAGAGGACAUUAACUUCUUUAACCAAGGUUACCCGAUCUGGAUAAAGAAUGAUCCAUAUCGUUCGUGGAAAGUGAAGGACGAAGAGGGAUGGAGACACGCGCCACAAAAACCGUACAAGAUUUUAUUGCCGCCGUAUGAGCCGGUGAUCCUUGUUGAAGAUAUGGGAAAACGAGGACAAUUUCUACCAUUCUUCACUGAUGCAUUCUUCACUGACCUUUUUAGCGAAGUGGUUUCAAUAUCUUUGCCAGAAAUAACACCAGAUAUUGGAAAUUCAAAGACGAAUAAUACUUCGAUGAUUGCAAAUAAGACUAUUGAUUAUACAAAUAUAAAUUCUACAAUUGCCAAGAUAGAAAAUAUCAAGACGAAUCAUACCGAUGAAUCGCCCGAUCAUAGGAGUUUCCCGAUGACGGAAAGAACAAGCACUGCUUCGCUAAAUAUUCGUAACAAAGAACUAGAUAAUUCUGAUGAGUGGCGACCGUGGUAUUUGAUUCAUGAUUAUCUGGAACAGUCAAGCCGCGAACAAGGAUCCAAACCAAACGUCACUGAUGUCGCAAUUGAUAAUCUGUGUAAAAAUGAUUCUCUAAAGUUAUGCUAGAUCGCAUAAUGUUAAAACGAAAUAACAAUAAACGCAAGAAAAUAAAAAUAAG